GCAAGUUUUGAAAGGGCCGGCGGGAGAAAGCUAAGGGAGUCUCUCCCGGAGUGAGAGCUCAACAGCGGCUUGAAACCUGACGGACAACGCAGAGCGGAGCUAUGUAGCCUCCUCCCGGGCAUUUACCCGGAAGCAAGUCCUGCUUUAUUCAACAUGGGAUUUGCUUCCUAAUAAAUGUGCACAACAGUGAAGCGCGAUCCUAUCCAUGUUGACUUGGAAGUGAAGCCCGCUGAACGCAAGAUGGAUGAAGAUGCUGGAAUCACAAAAUCACGCUUUGAGUUUUGGCUGCGCAAAGCCCUUGAGUGGGGUCAAAUCACCACUCCAGAAUCUCAGCAAGAUGUCUGCCUUCACUUGCCUGAAUUACAGGAAUUUCUACUGCAGAUUUAUGGAGCUUUGAAACAUAUGAACUGUGCUGAUGCAAUCCAAAAGUUUCCAUUAAUUGGUCAGUUAUUGGGAAGGCUUUGUUGGAAUCCAUUUAUCAUUGGGUAUGAUGAAUGCCAGAAGAUUCUAAUGUGGUGCUUAUGUUGUCUGUACAGUGGUGAACCACAGAACCCUGUGGAAUUGAAGGCCAACAGCUGGAUACAAAUCUCCCUGUGCCGUCUCCUGUCACUUUCUGGACUGGGGCAUCAUGACUCUGAUAUUAAUAACUUUAUUACAACUCUUGGCUUGGCAUCUGCAGAUUACUAUCAGAAACUUGUUGAAAAUGUUGUCUUUUCACUAGUGACAGAACUCAGCAGAAACUGGUUUAAUAGAUUUAAAAGUCAACAAAGUAUUUCUUCACGGGUAAGAUGUCUAUGUCUUCUCUGUGUACCACUUAUUAAUCUGACUGAUGUUACACCACUGCUGGAAGCCCUUCUUAGCUAUCAUGGAGGUGGGUCAGAAGAUGUCCUUCCCUGUGAGUUUUUAGAAGCUGUGAAUGAAGCCAUUUUACAAAGAAAGAUUUCCUUGUCUGAAUCUGCAGUGGUGCAGCUCUGGCUUCGUCAUCUUCCUAGUCUGCAGAAAGCAUUAUUAAAGAAUUUUGAAAGUUUAAUUUCUCUUCAACCAGGUUCCCUGGAAGAAAUGACUUGUCUGAUAAAAAGUUCCCUAUUGCACCGAGCUGCAUGCCAUCCAGCCAUCUUCAGAGCUAUUGAAGAAUUUUUCAAGAAUGCAUUGCUGGAAACUGAUGGAGCACCAGAAGUAAUGACUGUGGUGCAAGUGUUUACACGAUGCUUUCUUCAAGCUUACCAAGAGAAUAAUGAGCAGCACAAGUUUCCAUUGAAGGCCUACUUUCCUCAUAAUCCACAUUCACUGUUGAGAGCUUUCCUCAAACACCCCUCAGAUUUGCCAGCUACUGGUUUACAUCAACAUUUGAUCCAUAUUGCUGAAAUGUUGAAAGCAAUAGUAGAAACUAAAUGCAUGAGAUCUUAUGGUAACCUCUUUGAGACCUGGUUUUUGUUCAUUCAUUUUGGAGAAUGGGCUGAUACUGCAGCAGAACAUUUGCUGGUAUCAAAAGCAGAAUCCUCUGAUGCUAUGUUGUGGCUUUUGGCAUUUUACUAUGAUCCAAAUGAUGAGAAUCAGCAGAGAACUCAAACAAUGUUAGAAGGCAAAUCCGUAUGUGAGCAUCUCACAACCUUGUCCAGAACUCCAACCCUUUCCGCCAGAGAUCUGCAGGCUGCAGUUAACAGCAAGAUAAGCAGAAGGCAACCUGCUACCAAAGAACUUGCUGUUCAUCUAAUUAUCAGCUUUCUGAUUUUUACUGCCAAUGGACACAAGAUAGCCAGAGAAUGGAUUGCUCAUUUUGCAGUUACAUAUGAAGUCCUCAAAGUUUCUAGCCUUCUUACCCGUAUUGCACACAGAGUCAGCCAACUUGGAGUAAAAUACCAAAGGAGUGUAAAGCUGGUGAAUGAUCUUUUGCAGAUACUAAAAUUUGUGGAUUAGUUUUUGUCUACUUGAGCUGCUAAUCAUUUUCCCCCAAGACUGGAUGGGGAGGUUUGUUUCUGAAAAUGUAUUUACCUUGUAACAUACAGAUAAAUGUUAAUAUGAUUGAAAGUAUUCAUUGUUUAUAUUUCUUGACCAGAAUUAUAUAGGAACUUUCUCAAGUCACCAAAAGAUUAGGACCUCACUUGACUUCACUUCCUCUGUCAAAAUAACCUCUGGUGACAAUAUAUAAUUGUACAUUUUUUCCUCAUGUAGCUUAAUCUUUGAUGUAAUAAAUCUUUGAACAUUGAUUGAAAUAGUUGCCUUGGUCUUUACCUCAUGAGAGAGGAUUUUAUUAAAAGUUUUAUGAUUUUAUAGGGUUUUUCUAAACUCUUUGGAGAGUUGUGUUACUGCAUGUUUCUGUUUGGAGAAUAAAGUCACAAUCAAGUGCCUGUAUCAGAUUCAUCCUCCUUGUAUUCAGUCUGGGAUUCUCUCCUUGAAAGAAAGAAC